GGGACAACAUGGCGAUGCCCAGUUUGGAUGCAGAUGGUCGGAAGCUGCGACCAGGAAAAAGCAAUCGGAUCCUGUUGGUGCGGCAUUUGCCCGCCGUAUUGACGCCCUCUGAGAAGGAAGAGCUGCUGAGGCAUUUCGGGGCCUCGUCAGUGCGGGUCCUGUCGGACUACGGCAGGCUGAAACAUACAGCUUUUGCAACUUUUCCCAAUGAAAAUGCAGCUGCUCAGGCUUUAUCAAAAUUACAUCAGCUGAAUCUUCUAGGCCACACUCUUGUAGUUGAAUAUGCAAAGGACCAAGAUAGUGGUCAUGCAGUUAGCCAGCCUUCUGAAAAGGACAAAAGUCUUGAAGAACCUGUCAAAGAAGAGAAGACCCAAAAAGAUCUAAGCUGUCUCAGAAUUGAAAGUGGAAUUGCUCCAAGCCAUGGGUUAACGUUCCCUAUAAAUUCUUGCCUCAAAUAUUUGUAUCCCCCACCUUCUAGUACAAUCUUAGCCAACAUAGCAAAUGCUUUGGCAAGUGUUCCUAAAUUCUAUGUACAGGUUUUGCAUCUUAUGAACAAAAUGAAUCUUCCACCUCCUUUUGGACCAAUUACUGCUCGGCCACCCAUGUAUGAAGAGUAUAUUCCUUUGCCACCUCCCAUUCCUCCUUUGCCUCCUGAGGAGCCUCCGUUGCCUGAAGAUGAUGACAGCCAAGACUCAAAUAAAGAUGAGUCUGAAUAUGAAAGUGCCGAUGAAGAAGAAAAAGAAAGAUUUACAAAACUGAUGGAAUUGGCAACACUUCAGCCAAAACGACAGAUACCAACAAAGCAGCGUCAUGCAAGAAAAAGAAGAAAGAUAAAGGACUUAUUAAAUGUUUCCCUAGUUGCUCCGCACAGUAAUUUGCACCCAGCACUGACACCUUCAGAUGUGUUUGAGCAGCCACAAACUGUAGGUAUCAAGAAGAUUGAAUUUAACAUUUCUGCAGAUACGCCUACUAUUCUUCAGAAAAGCCUAGAAAAGGAGCACAAUGAUGACUCUUACUCAGCAGCUGAUGAAAUAGCUAAUGCAGGAUUUGGAAAAAUUUUCCCUGCUCCCAGUUCUAAUCAUAAAGAGGAUACAGAGGAUGAAGAGGAUGAAAUUCCUUCAGAAUUUGUUUCUAAAAGAGAGCUAGAAAAAGGCAGAAUUUCAAAAAAAGAAAUGGAAACACUUUCUGUCUUCAAAAAUUAUGAACCUGGAGAUCCAAACUGCCGAAUUUAUGUGAAGAAUUUAUCUAAACAAGUUCAGGAAAAGGAUUUGAAAUUUAUUUUUGGAAGAUAUGUUGACUUUUCAUCAGAAACUGAACGAAUAAUGUUUGAUAUACGCUUAAUGAAAGAAGGCCGCAUGAAAGGACAAGCUUUUAUUGGCCUUCCUAAUGAAAAAGCAGCUGCAAAAGCUUUGAAAGAAGCAAAUGGAUAUGUCUUAUUUGAUAAGCCAAUGGUGGUUCAAUUUGCUCGAUCAGCAAGACCAAAACCAGAUUCCAAAGAGGAGAAGAGAAAAGAUAAGGGGAAGAAAACCUGAAAAAACAUUCCUGCGUAAAUACUGCAGUAAUACUGUGUCAUGAAAAGUGUAUCCUUUCUUGUUGUAUCCUUUUUGUGUAUCUUUUUAUUCUGGAAAAACCUUAUUUUCUAGCAUUGAAGUAGACCAAAAAGUAAUAAUACAGGCUGAAAUAGUAAGCCAUUCCCCUUUUAUUUAACAGGGCACCCAUAGAAGUUUCUAACCUUUAAAUGUGCCUUUUAAAAUCCCAGUUCUAGCGGCCGGGCCUUCAGUAAGUGUAACUGCUCUGCUUACGUCGGUAGAGUUUAAAUGCUGUACUGUAUACUAACUGAUGGCCUGGAUUCAAGUAUACACUGAAAUUACAUUACAGAAUACUGUCUUCCAAUAUCAUGGGGUCCAGGGAGAAAAAUGAAGUCCUUGUCUAUAGUUAUGUACUCGUUAUGAUCUACGGCUCAACUUUUACUAGCAUGUACGGCCAAUCUCGCUUAUGAUUUUGUUCUAUUCUGUAUGUAACAUAGUAAUGCAUAAUAGCCGUUCCAGACAAUUCUAGAAUUGGAUUCAGAACUGGCCUUCAGCAAACAGAAGGGCUCCUUCCUUGUAAUCCAGAGGACACUUGUACUAGAGAAAGGAAGGAGACCAUUUUAGCCACUUCUCCUAGACUACUUCUUUCCCUUUUUGGAGAGCCCCCCCCC